CGAGCCUUCCAGACUCAGCCCAGGAGUUUGGGGUGGGGAAACAGAGUCAUUAUAGAACAUCUUCAUCCCUCUGCCCAGAGAACACAAGAGUUAUCACCCAUGCCUUCCUGAAGGGCAUUUGGAAGUAGAUCUUGCAGCAGAAUUGAAUUCCAGACCCAGAGGACUGGGACCAAAAUCUAAUUUCACUGGGAUCUGUGAGCAAGAGAAACCUGGAAGAAUGGACUGGCUCCCUUUCAGAAACAUUUGCUUAUUGAUCAUUUUAAUGGUGGUGCUCGAAGUAAACAGUGACUUCAUCGUUGAGGUGAAAGAAUUAGAUAUUAAAAAUGACACAACAAAAUGGCAAACUGUCAGAAGACAAAAGCGGGAGUGGAUCAAGUUUGCUGCAGCCUGCCGGGAAGGAGAGGACAAUUCCAAGAGGAAUCCAAUUGCCAGAAUUCGAUCAGACUGUGAGGUAAACCAGAAGAUUACAUACCGCAUCUCUGGGGUAGGGAUUGAUAGACCACCUUAUGGUGUGUUCACUAUUAACCCCCGGACUGGAGAAAUUAACAUCACUUCCGUGGUUGACAGAGAAAUAACUCCACUUUUCUUGGUAAGUCACACAAUCUAUUGCCGGGCUCUAAAUUCACGGGGUGAAGAUUUAGAAAGACCUCUUGAACUUCGAGUCAAAGUUAUGGAUAUAAAUGACAACCCACCAGUAUUUACUCAAAAUGUAUAUACAGCCAACAUUGAAGAAAAUAGCGAUGCUAACACACUAGUAGUAAAGUUGAGUGCCACAGAUGCGGAUGAAGACAAUCAUCUGAAUUCUAAAAUUGCCUACAAGAUUGUUUCUCAGGAGCCUUCGGGUGCACCAAUGUUCAUCUUGAACAGGUACACUGGAGAAGUUCGCACGAUGUCCAGUUUCCUUGACAGAGAGCAACACAGUAUGUACAACCUCCUUGUGAGAGGCUCAGAUCGGGAUGGUGCGAUGGAUGGACUGUCUUCUGAAUGCGACUGUAGAAUCAAGGUUUUAGAUGUCAAUGAUAAUUUCCCUACCUUAGAAAAAACUACAUAUUCAGCCAGUAUUGAAGAGAAUUGUCUAAGUUCAGAAUUGAUACGAUUACAAGCAAUUGAUCUUGAUGAAGAAGGAACAGAUAAUUGGUUGGCAAAUUAUGUAAUUCUUUCUGGAAAUGAUGGGAAUUGGUUUGAUAUUCAGACAGACCCAAGAACCAAUGAAGGCAUUUUGAAAGUUGUCAAGAUGCUAGAUUAUGAACAAAUGCCCAAUAUUCACCUUGGUAUUGGAGUUAAAAACCAAGCUGAAUUUCACCAUUCAGUUGCCUCCCAAUUUCGAAUGCAGUCAACACCAGUGAGAAUCCAGGUUAUUAAUGUGAGAGAAGGACCAACAUUUCAUCCAACUUCCAUGACUUUCAGUGUGCGAGAAGGAGUAAGAGGUGGCUCUUGGUUAAAUUAUGUGCUUGGCACAUACACUGCUGUAGAUAUGGACACAGGACACCCAGCAACAAAUGUUAGGUAUAUCAUAGGGCAGGAUGCAGGCAACUGGUUAAAAGUUGAUUCAAGGACUGGUGAGAUACAGUUUUCCAGGGAAUUUGAUAAGACGUCAAAAUAUAUUACCAAUGGGAUAUAUACAGCAGAGAUUCUAGCUAUAGAUGAUGGUUCUGGAAAAACAGCUACGGGAACCAUAUGUAUCGAAGUUCCUGACACAAAUGAUUACUGUCCGAUCAUUUUUGCUGAAAGUCAAAGCAUCUGCAUUAAUUCUCCAUCAACCAUUAUCUCUGUUAACCAACACUCCUAUGGGUCUCCCUUUACCUUCUGUGUUGUUGACCAGCCACCAGGAACAGCUGACUUAUGGAAUAUCAAAUCUAUUAAUGCUACCUCUGCAGUGCUCACAGCUGUGCAACCUUUACUUCCAGAAUUUUACCAAAUUCCAAUUCUAGUGAAGGACAGCUAUAACAGAGAAUGUGAAUCACCACAGACUGUGCAGUUACUAGGCUGCGACUGUGACUACAAUCAAAUGUGCUUAUAUCCUAGUACCACAGACAUCUACAGCUCUGUUACUAAUGAUAUCUACAUCACUGACGACCAUGUUGGGGGUUCAAAUGUUGGUCUUGGAAGGACAGGAAUAGGCAUGAUAGCCCUGGGCGCCUUACUGCUGCUUUUAUCACCACUCCUGCUACUCAUUUGUUGCUGCAAACGAAGAAAGCCAGAAGGUCUGGGGACAAGGUUUGCUCCUGUGCCAGAAGGAGGAGAAGGAGUGAUGCAGUCUUGGGGAAUAGAAGGGGCACAUCCGGAGGACAGGGAUGUGUCAAAUAUAUGUGUACCUAUGACAGCCUCCAACACCCAGGAUCGUAUAGAUUCUUCUGAAAUCUACACUAACACUUACGCUGGUGGAGGAACUGUAGAAGGAGGUGUAUCCGGAGUGGAACUCAACACAGGUCUGGGUACAGCUGCUGGCCUGGCAGCUGGAGGAGCAUCUGGAGCAAUCAGGAGGAGAAGCUCAACCCUGGGGACCCAGUGGGAAUUUGCUGACACCGGAUUGAACAUGGCAUUCUUGGACAGCUAUUUCUCUGAUAAAGCAUAUGCUUAUGCAGAUGAAGAUAAAGGUCGGCCAGCAAAUGACUGUUUGCUUAUUUAUGACCAUGAGGGAGUAGGGUCUCCUGUGGGCUCCAUUGGCUGUUGCAGUUGGAUUGUGGAUGAUUUAGAUGAAAGCUGCAUGGAAACUUUAGAUCCAAAAUUUAGGACUCUUGCUGAAAUCUGCUUAGACACAGAAAUUGAACCAUUCCCUUCACACCAAGCCUGUAUACCUAUCAGUACUGACCUCCCUUUGCUUGGACCGAAUUACUUUGUUAAUGAUUCUUCAGGAAUGAAUCUCUCAGAAGCUGAGUUCCAGGCAGAAAUGGCCAUCCCUGAACCCCGUCUUCAUGGGGAUAUCAUAGUAACUGAGACAUAUACUACUUCUGAUCAACGUAUGCAGCCCACAACAAUUGUUUUUGAUUCUCAGCUUGCACCUAAUGUCGUAGUGACUGAAACAGUUAUGACACCUGUCUAUGAUGCCCAGGGGAAUAUUUGUAUACCUGCCGAGUUAGCUGAUACACACAAUGUAAUCUAUACUGAGAGAGUACUGUCUAGUUCUGACAUGAAUAAUAGCAUCACGGCUGAUGGUUGUAUGGGGCCCUUGAUGAGUGGCAGUAUUCUAGUAGGACCCGAAAUUCAAGUGACACAGAUGGUAAAUCCAGACAUUCACAUAAGUCAGACCAUUGGUUCCACAUCCCCAAUGACAUCUCGACAUAGAGUGGCACACUAUAGUAACAUACAUUACACUCAACAGUAAAUGCUUUAUGGUCAUAUUCUAUGUGAAUAUCCUGCACUUUGUAAUCAUCAACAUACCUAUCAAAGAUAUACAAGGUAUUAUAUUUAAUGUUUAAAUAGUCAACAUAUAUGCAAAUAUUGAAAGCUUAAUAGCUCUCUGCUCGUAUCUUUUUUGGAGUAAGUAUGGCCAAAGCUUUAACAUAACAGUGACCUUGAAAAAAUAUACAGAAAGAAAACAUGUAAUAUCCUUUUGAUACUUUCUAUCCAUAGUAAUAGUAUACAACUUAAGGUAAGCUUAAAGGCCUUGCCUCUAGAAGUGGUCAUUGCAAGAGUCUUGUCUAUGUUCACCAAUCAUAUUUGUGUUAAGAGAAAUAAUUACAGAUCUGAAGUCAUUUUCUUUUCAAAUGAUUUUUCAAGAUAUUCAAUAUUUACAUCAUGCUUAAUAUAGUAUAGGGAAAGAUUUGCCAGCUAAGUGGAUUAUUGAAACUGAUUCAUAAAGGAAUUUUAUAAAUGUGUAGAUAUGCAUAUUUACACAUAUAUAAUUCAAUAUGAUGAAUUUGAUUGUACUUUAUUCACUUACAUUAUUAAAUAUAAAUUGAUAGUAACAAAAAUGUGACAUCACAGCAGAAAUAUUUCUUAAGUAUUAGUAUUUUGUCCCUUAACAGAAAAUUUCUCCCUACUCAUGCCAAUUUUGCCAUUAAUGUAUAUAUGUGUAUAUAUAAGCAUAUAUAUACAUAUAUAUAGAGAGAGAGAUAGAUAUAUACAUAUAUAUAUAGAGAGAGAUAGAUAUAUAUAUAUAGUUUAACAAGUUUGAUUAGCCUGAGUUAUAAGGCUUUCAUCUGGAAACCAAGUAUUCUCCCAAAUCACCUCUGUAAUGCAAGUCUCUUGUAUGUAUGCAUCAAUAUUCACCUAGAAAUGUGUUGAAUGUUCUUGGCUGUGAAAAAUAUACAGUUGAAGAGAAAAAGCAGGCUUCCUGUCUUCAUAGAAUUCAUAAUUCAUUUCUAGAUUUAAUAUAAAACUAUGGGGAUAAGGCUGUGAGUUCCUUCCAAUAAUAAUUAACAAAAUAUUUAAGUGUAUGACCAAGCUAUUUUCCUGCUUUUUAACACCUCUAUUUAAGUUGAAUGAAUGAAAUGAAAGCACAUAUAUAGAUUGCUUAUGUUUGCAGGUAUAACAUAAGCUUGAAAAAAAUGAAUUCUAGCCAAAGAACUCAUAUCUAAUUCUGUAAAAUAUGUAAACUAAAAAGUAAUAGUAACUAUAAUGUGUGUCUAGUAAAAAUGAUGUAAAAGAGAUAAACUUAUUUUCAAAACCUAUUUCUUUUAAUAGGAAAUAAUUGUAGGGCCUCUUGCUCAGUUUUAUGUUUUCAUAAGUAGAACUACAGUAAAUUUUCAAAUACUCUCUUGACUGACAAUCUCAUUUUAUAGAAAAGAGGUAUUGAACUAGACAAGUGACAGAAACUACCUAAUUAUGAUAUAAAAUUUCAAACUCAUUGCUCAGGUAUUCAAACCAGAGAGCUUUUCAAUAAUGUAACUUCAUCUCAAGUGGCUGAGAAACUUAUGGUAUAUAUACACAAUGGAAUACUGCUCAGCCAUUAAAAAUGUUGAAUUCACCUUCUCCCCUUUCUCUUGGAUGAAGCUUGAAGGAAUCAUGUUAAAUGAGAUAAUCCAAAAAAGAGAAGGAUGUAUAUGGAAUGAUCCCACUCAUAGACAGAAACUGAAAAAUAAAUACAGAAGGGAAAAAAUAACUUAUACUGGAUUUGUUGUAUUGCACCAAAGUAAAGGACUCUGGGGUGGUAGUGGGGGGGGGGUGGUUGUUCAGGUCCUAGAACAUGAUGGCAAAGGAGGACCUAUGUGGGGAGUUAAAUUGUUAUAUGGAAAACUAAGAAAUGUUUCACAUGUGCAAACUACUAUAUUUUACUGUUGACUAUAAACCGUUAAUACCCCCAGUAAAGAAAAAUAUAACUUCAUCUGA